AUACAACCUGCCUGGUGGAGCUACUGGAGAGAGGGCAGGAAGGAGUUAACCAGGAAUGAGCUGGAGGAGGAGGAAGUCCUGGGAAAUUUGAGCAGGACCUGGAAGUGGUGCAACUGCAAGGCUCUCUUUCCUGCUUGGCUGGGAGGCUCUGCUUGCCUUUGAGUGGCUGCAAGAGAGAGAGGGAUCAGCCCUGCUUACUGUUCUUGGCGAAAAGGCGAGGCAAGAUGAUGUAGAGUUGGUCACUUGGAACUGAACGGUUCGUAGCCAAAAUUAUCUUGUCUUUCGACAUCAAGGUGAUCGGACUACAAGUGGGGUGCCGAAAUCUCCCUUUCUGAAAAAGAGAAUUCAUAAUGGAGGAGGGUUUGGAAGCUGCAGGGAAGGCUCCGCACGUUGUGAAGGCGAGGUGCUUAAAGGAAUUGCCGGGACGAGCAGCACCGCAAAAUGGCAAGCAUCAGCCCCUCGAUGGGUUUCCGCCAACAUGGCCAGCCCAAUGCCAAGAGUUCCUGAAGGCACAAGAUUGCCAUUGCUCUGGAUCGUCAAAGCCGGGGCCGUGGGACGAUGCCAAGGCUUUCCUGGCCUCCUUCGAGCAAGUGGCCGAAGCCUGCCGGUGGCCAAGGAAAGAGUGGGUGGCCCGGCUUUUGCCCGCGUUGAGCGGAGAAGCUGAAGAGGCCUUCGGUGACCUGGAAAUGGGAGACAAGGAAGACUAUGAGAAAGUGAAGGCUGCCAUCUUGCGCAGGGAAGCCAGCGGGAUGGAGGCGCUGCGCCGGCACUUCCGGCAGUUCCGCUACCAGGAGGUGGAGGACCCGCGGAGCGUUUACGGGCACCUCCGGGAGCUCUGCCACCAGUGGUUGAAGCCGGAGAGGCACUCCAAGGAGCAGAUCCUGGAGCUGCUGAUCCUGGAGCAGUUUCUGGCCAUCUUACCCCAAGGCGUCCGGAGUCGGAUCAAAUCGUGGGGCGCGGAGAGCGGCGCUGAAACGGUGGCAAUGACGGAGUUCCUGGUAGGAGCCCAAGGGGACAAGAAUUGGGAAUGGCAGGUGCCAUUGGAAGAAGUGCCUAUGAACUCAAAAGUAGAGGGGACCCUUCAGAGACAACUCUCCACAGAAGCCAAGGAGAAGGUUGAUGGGGAUCUUCGUCUGAUAGCCAGUGGUUCAGUGCUGCCCCCUGAAGAAGAAAUGGCCCAGGCUGGCCUUUUGAAGGGGACUGUGAAUCUGAAUGAUGUCGCAGUGUCUGUGGACAGCACCGAAUGGUCAGCGUUAAACCCCAGGCAAGGAACGAUGCAUUGGGAAGUCAUGCCGGAGAACAUCAGUUGUUUGGGUGGAUUUGUGAUUCCCAAACCUGAACCCAUGGUCCAAAUGGAGCAAGAAGAAAUGCUUUUCAUCCCAGACACUGAGGCUUUUCCGAGUAACAUGUCAGGUGAUGAGGGACUCUUAAAGGAGAAUUGUCAUGAAGAGAGCACAGAGCCUGAGGAAACGUACAGCAUGUCACUGGAAAUAUCCCAAGGCAAGGCUUCUCUAGUUGCUGAGAUUCACGAACAAGGCUGCGCCCCUGAUGGACAGCGUCAGAAGAAGCCCACGGAGAUGUGGGAGGAAGCCACAGAAAGGGCCGUAAAUCAUUCAGCGCUGAAGGACUCCUCGAGGCAUACCCGAGCGAGCAGGUUUUGGCACUCCAAAGGCGGGAGAUGGUACCGGUGCAAAUCAGGACUGGUUACCAGUCAGGUUCUGCAUUCUGGAAUGACGCCUUACGAUUGCCCUGUGUGUGGGAAACAUUUCCAGAGAAAGAAUGACCUUGCCAGACACCAGAAGAUCCACGUGCAGCUGAAGAUGUAUUCAUGCUUCGAUUGUGGGGAGAGCUUCGAUUGGAGAGAGGAGUUGAUCCGGCACCGGGCCAGCCACACGGGAGAGAAGGUGCACAAAUGCCGCCAGUGUGGAAAAUACUUCAGCCAGAGGGAAAGCCUCAUCCGGCACGAGAAGAUCCACACCGGGAAGAAGCCCUACGAGUGUCCAGAGUGUGGAAAGACCUUCUGUCGGAGGGAUUCCUUGGUCCGGCAUCAGAAGAUCCAUACGGGAGAGAAGCCGUACCCGUGCCGCGAGUGCGGCAAGAGCUUCAAUCAGAAAGAGAUCCUCCUCCGACACCAGAGGACCCACACGGGAGAGAAGCCAUACCAAUGCCACGAGUGCGGGGAGUGCUUCACACAGAAAGCCAUACUGCAAAGACACGAAAACAUCCAUACGGGGCAAAAGAGCGUACCAAUACUCUGAUGCUAGUGAAUGCUUUGCUCCGGUUUUCAAGAUAUGCUGCCCUUGUGUGCAUUGUGUGUGAUAUUUUUACAGGUUUUUUAAAAUUAAGCCUAAAUACAGUCCGCCCUCCACAUUUACAAAAGUGGAACCUGCAGAUGUGAAAGGCUAACUGUAAUUCUGCUACUCUCAAGCAGUCAAGGUGGUGUUUUUAUUUAUUUAUAUCUUGCUUUUCUUCUGAUUUAGAGGCUCAAGGCGGCUAAAUCUUUGUUUCCCCGACCUUUCCGGCUGGUUCUCUUGUUCUCUCCAAGCAAGAUAAAGUCCUCCCAUUUUUGGUGUCCAGACAAAAAAGAAUAUCAUGAUAUAAAGCAGGCAUGGGCAAACUUCGGCCCUCCGGGUGUUUUGGACUUCAAUUCCCACAAUUCCUAACAACCGAUUGGCUGUUAGGAAUUGUGGGAGUUGAAGUUCAAAACACCUGGAGGGCCGAAGUUUGCCCAUGCCUGAUAUAAAGUAUAUACAUUACCUUCAACAUGUUCCCCAAACUUUAUUUUACUAUUUUGACAUUUUGUUUUGCCAUAAUUACGGAAUUGCAUUGUCACAGUGGGUUGCAAUUAGCAGCAGCAGAAAGUUGAAACUGUGUAAUUUUGCAGUGGAGGUGAAUCGAGCAAAGGAGUGCAGAAUACAGAUUGCAGGAAUAUGCUUCACCAAAGUGGCCUGAUAUUGCACCUAAGUUGAGAAAGUGAUGGUUCACAUAUCGGUGUCUUUUCAUUUGCGUGUUGCGAUUGCUGCGAGACAACAGUCUGGUUUGAUAAAUCCCGAUGUUUGUCUCAUACUCUUGUUUUGUAACCAAACAUGUGGGCAUAUGUGGAUAUUAUAAUUAAUGUUUUAUUUUCCCUUGGAAAGUUUAACUGGGCUUUUAAAAACACUUUUCUACAUAGCUUUGCACACACUUUUUGGAGCUGGGAUGAGAUAAGGACUCUGUUCCAUUUCUUAAAAUAAAUCAACUCUUUUGUCGAGCA